AUGUCAGGAGAAGGAGCGACGGAAGAUACGAACCAAACUCGGUUCCCGCACUUGGCUCCUAACAUAAUACAUGACCCAUCAGCAGAAACUUCAGGUCUUAUAGCAGGGGAAUUAGCUGCUGAGGACGGUUCGAUGAUUUCUCGCGAUAAUUUAAUAUCCCACACUUAUGGAUCAGUUAGUCACGGUGAACUACCAAAGAACUAUGCAAUAGAUGAUCCUCACGGAGGGUAUGCAUUACCAAAGGCACAACUAUAUACAGUUGUAUCAAGUUUGUUUAUGGCCUCCUAUUUAGCUGCAUUGGAUGCAACUGUAGUAACUACUUUGCUUUCGUUUAUUGCUUCGGAACUACACGCAGUUCAAAAUAUCUCAUGGAUAGCUACUGCCUAUUUGUUAUCAUCGGCAGCAUUUCAGCCGAUAUUUGGCAAGAUAUCAGAUAUUUUUGGCAGAAAGUUAUUAUUGAUUGGAUGCUGUUUCCUUUUUGGAUUAGGAUGUUUGAUAUGUGUAACUGAUUCGUUAGUUUGGUUGGUUAUAGGAAGAUUUGUUACCGGUAUUGGUGGAUCCGGUUUGACUUCGAUUGGAACCAUGGCCAUGUCCGACUUGAUCCCACUAAGAGACCGUGGAUUGUACCAGGGACUAGCUAAUAUUUUCUUUGGCUUGGGCUCGGCAUCAGGCGGUAUCAUUGGUGGUAUUAUUGCAGAUACUUUGGGUUGGAAAUACGUUUUUGCUUUGCAAGUGCCGUUAGCGGUAAUUGUUGGGGUUGCAAUUCAAUUCAACUUGAAUUUGCCACAAGGAUCUCCAGGUUUGGGAGCUCAUGGACAAGAUAUUUGGCAAAAAUUGAAAAGGGUUGAUUUUUUGGGAAGUAUUUUUUUGAUUAGCUCAUUGAUGAUGUUUUUGACUGCUGCGUCGUUGGGCGGUAAGGAAAUCUCAUAUACUUCGAAUUCGUUCCUAUUAAUGACUGGUGGAAGUGGUUUAUUUUUUGCUGCUUUUGUUUUUACUGAAAUAUACAUUAGUGAGGAGCCAAUUAUACCAAUUGAGCUACUAGGCAAUAGAACUGUUUUGGCAUCAUCGUUGACGAACUGGUUCUACACAAUGGGUGUAUUUACCACCUUGUUCUAUGUUCCAGUGUUUUACACCUCAGUGAAAAACCUCACUGCGAGUCAAAAUGGGUGGAGACUAGUUCCAAAUUUCCUUGGUGUCUCAUUUGGCUCUGUAGGAGCUGGCUACUAUAUGAAGAAAACCGGUCGUUACUAUAAGCUCGCAAUUGGAGCAGGUAUAUUAUCUGUUGCGGGUGUUUUCAAAAUAACCCUUUUAAACACCUCGACACCAACAUGGCAACAAUACCUUUUAUUGAUACCACUGGGUUUGGGGUACUCUUGUAUGCUAACUGUAACAUUACUUGCGUUGAUUGCAGCAACGCCAAAAAAAUUCCAAGCAUGCACAACAUCUAUACAGUAUACUUUUAGAUCUACAGGAUCUACGUUGGGUGUAUCAAUAGCCUCAGCAAUCUUCAUGAAUGUAUUGCUGCAACAAUUGACCAAAAAUGUAAGUGCAAUAAUUUCAGACCCAAAAUUAGCAAAAAGGGUUAUUUCCCGAGCACUUGAUAGUACCAGUUAUGUCAAUGAAGCUCCUAAAUACGUAAGAGGUGCUAUUCGAGACUCAUACGAAGCUGGAUGUAAAGGUACAUUUUAUUUUGCUUUAUUGACUAUUUUCUUGGGUUUCGUUUCUUCGUUGUUUAUGAGGGAACACAGAUUGCACACCAGUAUUAACAGAGACUAA